AUGUGCACCUGACAUCAUAUAAUACGUACUUUAAGGACCAUGUUCCGUUUUCCUCGCUGAGUUAGGUCUAUAGACCAGCAGUUUGGUGGGCGGGAGGAUGAAGGGCUCGGCUUCAGGAUUCGCCAUAAAGGCGAAAAAGACUCCGUUUCAGAAGCACAAAGAAUUAGAAGAAGAGCGCAAACGGAAAGCGGACGAGGAAGCCGCACGCGUCUAUGAGGAAUUCGUCGAGUCCUUUCAAACAGAGGAAGAGCCCGUCAGGCGGGGAGGCUCGGGGUUUGUGCGGGGCGGCACCGUGCUGCCCGGCAGCAAGCCAACCGAUGCUCCGGCACCGGUGGGGCUUUCCAGCAAAAAGUCCACCAAGUAUGUGCCGUCAUUCCUCCCCCCCUCGGCUUUGGACGCACCUCCAAAGCCCAAGGCCUUUGAUGACGCCGAGGAGUCCGUAUUCCAAGCGCCGGCGAAGAAGGUGGAUAAGGACAAGCCGCGCAACAUCGAUAAGAUGCUUGAGCAGCUGAAACGCGAGCAAGAGCUACGGGAACUCAAGAGCCAGCAAGGCCCUGACGCCCCAGGCGGCCCCCUCGGCAUGGCACCCCUCAGCCUGGACAGCCUAGCAGGCGGCGGCGCUGCAGGCGCCUUGGGCGGCCCCGCCGGCGGCUUUGGCCGGCCGGGUGGCGGUGCCGUAGGCGCCGCCGCCGCCGCCGGUCUCAUGGGCUUUGGCGGUGGCUCCAUGGGCCCUAUGGGGUCGUUUGACCACGGUGACCCCUUCACCACCAACCUCUACGUGGGCAACCUGGCUCCCGAGGUGGAUGAAGAGGUGCUGAAACGGGAGUUCGGGCGGUUCGGUGCGAUUGCGAGCGUCAAGGUGAUGUGGCCGCGGGAUGAGGAGCAGCGACGCAAGGGGCGGAACUGCGGCUUCGUGGCGUUCAUGCGCCGUGACGAUGCGGAGACCGCCAUGCGCAAGCUCAACGGCAUCGCGCUGCACGGCAACGAGCUGCACAUCGGGUGGGGUAAGGCCAUCCCGCUGCCCGCCAUCCCCAUCUACGACCCGCGCGAGGGCGCGCUGGUGUCCGCCAUCCCCGCCGCCGCCACCCGGCCUGCGCACCUGUUGCCUGAUCUGGUCAUCCCCAAGAAGGCUUACAGCGACGAUGUGAACCUGCAUAGGGGCACGGGUGCCGACAUCGAGAUCAAGGUGCCCGAGGACCCCCGGCUGCGCUUCAUCAUAGACACCCUGGCGAUCUACGUGAUGCAGGACGGCUGUGCGCUGGAGCAGGCGGUGAUGGAGGCGGAACAGAAGAACUUUGACUUUGCGUUCCUGUUCGACCUCAAGUCCUCAGAACACAUGUACUACCGCUGGCGGCUUCAUUCCCUGUCCGAGGGCGACACCCUGCGCACCUGGCGCAUCGAGCCGUACGUCAUGGUACACGGGGGGCAGCGGUGGGUGCCGCCCCCCAUGACAACCCUGGCGGAGCCGCUGGACAUUGACGACCGUACGGCGGCGCAGAAGGGCGCCGGCGGCGGCGGUGCGGAGGGUGGCGGCGGCGGCGAGGGGCGGCCGCGGGAGCGCGAGCGGGCGUUGUCGGACAGCGAGCGCGACCGAUUUGAGGACAUGCUGCGCUUCCUGUCGGUGGAGCGUUCCGACAUCUGCGACGCCAUGAUGUUCUGCCUGGCUGCCGCGGACGCAUGCGGCGAGGUGGUGGACAUCCUGGCCGAGUCGCUCAGCCUGCCGGAGACGGGUGUGCCGCUCAAGAUCGCGCGGCUGUUCCUGCUGUCGGACCUGCUGCACAACGCCACGGCGCCCGUGAGGAACGCGUCGCGAUACCGGGCACGGCUGCAGGGCGUCCUACCGGAUGUGUUCGAGAGCCUCAACGAGACGUACCGCAACGCGGAGGGCCGCAUGCUGCAGGAGACGCUGCGCCGCCACGUGCUGCGCGUGCUGCGGUGCUGGCGGGAGCGCUACAUCUUCACGGAUGACUACCUGAAUGGAUUGCAGGCCAUCUUCCUGCAGACCGCCACCAUCGCCGCCUCCGCGCUCUCCGACGCCGCCUCCGCCCCGCUGCGAGCCGAGUUGGAGGCGGCGACGGAGGAGGAGCUGGAGCGGCGAGCGCGACUGAAUGGGCUGUCCACACGGGGAGGCAGGGAGGCCAUGAUCCCCCGCCUCCUCGUGCUGGAUCACUACCUUCACGCGGACUCCCGGCCGCUCUUCGACCCCAAUCGCCAGCAGCAGCAGCCCCCGGCAACAGCCACCUCCGCGCCCACAGGACAGGCCGCCGCCAGCACUGCUGCAGGUGCUGCUGGUGCUGCAGGGCCAGGCAUGGGGCCGGGCAUGGGCAACAGUCCCUUCGGAGCGGAUGCAGCUCCUCCCCAUGCGGUACUGCUGCCGGCUCAGGUCUCCAUAAAGCAUGAGGAGGAUGCGGGCGCGGCUCAGCAGCAGCAGCAGCCCCCGCCUGUCCCCGCGGCUCCGCAAUCCCGUUGGACGACUGUGGAUGAGGAGGAGGAGCGGCAGAACGCGCCGCAGAUCCCAAUCAGCAAGUGGCUGCUUCAGGAGCAGCUGCAGCAACAGCAGCAACAACAGGCCUUGCAGCAACAGCUACGGGAGCUUGAGGGUGACCCAAGAGUCGGUCCCGGUCUCGGCGCUGGAGGAAGUGGUGGCGGUGCGGGUGGUGCUGCUGCUGCCGGCAUGGGGCUGGGAGGCGGCAGCAGCGCGGGUGCAGCUGGCUUUGGCGGCAGCAUUCGAGUUAAGGAGGAGGAGGAUAAGAUCUUCAGUGAUGACGAGGAGGAUCUUGGCGGAGGAGGUGCAGGAGGAGGCGGUGCGUACGGUAGCAAAGGGGCGGAUGAGGGCGGCAUGCUGCUGCCUCGAGGCGUGUCGCAAGCCGCAGGUCCCCGCAGUGACCCUGCUGCUGACGCCGCCGCUGCCGCUGCGGAGGAGGAGCGGCGGCGGCGGCUGCGUGAGGUGGAGCUGGCGGUGGCUCGACUGGAGGCGCAGCUGGAAGAGGAGGGCUGGGGUGCGGAGGAGAUUGCGGCCCGGCUGGGGGCGCGUCGAGCGGAGCUGGUGGGGGAGCUUGAUCGGGAGCAGGCUGCCAAGGCCGCGGCGCUAGACCGGUGGCGCAGCAGGAGGAGCUCAUCUGCUGCAGCAACAGCGACUGACGGCCCCUCCGGCGCUUCUAUCGGUCUUGCUGGUUCCGGAGCUGCUCCUGCAGCAGCAGCGGGCGGUGGCGCGGCUGGCGGCGGCAGCAGCGCGCAUGCACAGCCGUCUUCUGAACCCUCUAGCUGCGGCCGGGACCGGGAUCGCGAACGGGAGAAGGAGCGGGAACGGGAACGCGAGCGGGAACGCAGCGAUCGGCGGGGAGACAGGGAGCGGGAUCGUGACAGGGAACGAGACCGGGAACGAGAGAAGGAACGGGACAGGGAUCGAGAUCGGGAUCGGGAGAGGGAUCGGGAUCGGGAUAAGGACAGGGAUAGGGACAGGGAGGGCAAGGAUAAGCGGGAGAAGGAGCGCAAACGCAGUCGUAGCCGCAGCCGGAGCAGGGGACGAGGAGGAGGAGGAGGAGAACGGGGCGAGAAGGAGAGGGAGCGGCGGCGGGGCGGCAGCCGCAGCCGUAGUCGUAGCAGGGACCGGGAGAGGGAGAGGGAGCGGCGGCGUUCCAGCCGCAGCCACAGCCGGGAACGAGAUCGUGACCGGGAUCGGAGCAGCAAGCGCAGCAGGAGCCGCAGCCGGGGCCGGGACAAGGACAAGAAGAGCCGGCGGUAGCGCUGAUGGGGGCGUUUGCUUGUGAGGGUUGCGGGUCUCCUAUGCCCAUGUGGUGGGGCUAUAAGGAAGCGGCCGUGGCUCGUGCAUGUGCACAGGGUGCGCCGGGUAGCAUGCUAGGAGUGCCGGUAUGGCAUGCGGGUGUCAUUGUGUUAUUUGAAUUGGGUUGUUUUCCACCUGUGCAUGGGAAGGGCAUCGAACCAGGGGAAACCCUUCAAAGGUUGGGUUGGCAUGGACAGUGGGACGUGAUGCCGACUUAUGCCCACAUGGCGUGGAGGCUGCAGGCGCGCCGAUGAAGC